GCCCCUCUAAUCCGCUCACGACCUGCUUCACGUCUUUUCUUUCGCCGUCAUGCCCAGCAACGACUCAUCCGACUUGACUUACGACGCCGCUCUCCUGUUGUGGAGAACAGUCAUCAACAUAUUCUUCAGGGAGAUUCGGCCCAGAGGCGCGUUUAACAUCCCUCGCGAUGGUCCCGUCAUAUUCGUCGCCGCCCCCCAUCACAAUCAAUUCCUCGACCCUUUACUCCUCAUGCUCGAAGUGCACCGCGAAACACGACGCAGAGUGCAGUUCUUGAUUGCGGCAAAGAGUAUGAAGCGGAGGGCAGUCGGUUUCUUUGCGGGUUUGAUGUCGAGCAUUCCUGUAUCCCGCGCUGCUGAUGACGCAAGACCCGGGACAGGAAAAGUGUAUCUCUCUCCAGAUGAUCCAUGUCUUAUAAUUGGGGAGGGCACGCGGUUCCUGUCUGAAUUCUCACCGAAAAUGCAGAUCUUGCUCUCCAAAUCUGUGAACUCUGCUGUGGCCGAAGUGACCGAGAUAGUUUCGGAUACGCAGCUUCGGAUCAAAAAGGAGUUUGGAGGUGAUAGUGGUAAAGGUUCAGCGCGAAUUCGAGAGAAGACCGAAGAGAUGAAGGCACAAGGCAUAGUUGGUCUGGAUUUCAAACGCUUGCCAUUCGUCAACCAACAGGAAAUGUAUCGCCAUGUGUACCAGCGGCUCACCGAAGGGAGCUGCAUCGGUAUAUUUCCUGAAGGUGGAAGCCACGACCGCACAGACCUCCUUCCGCUCAAAGCUGGCGUAUCCAUGAUGGCCCUUGGUGCUAUGGCCAAUGACCCUAAUGUCAAGGUCAAGAUCGUCCCCGUCGGUCUUUCAUACUUCCAUGCGCACCGGUUCCGGUCUCGCGCUGUGGUCGAGUUUGGCGCCGCUAUGGAUGUUCCCGCCGAAUUCGUGGAGAUGUUCAAGCAAGGAGGUCCUCAGAAAAGGGAGGCCGUUGGUCAGCUUUUAAACUUGAUUUACGAUGGUCUCAAGACGGUCACAGUUCGUGCUCCGGAUUUCGACACACUCAUGCUCAUUCAAGCCGGACGAAGGUUAUAUAAGACUCCUGGGCAACAUCUAACGCUUGGUCAAGUUGUUGAACUGAACAAGCGAUUUUUGAAGGGCUAUGUGCAUUUCCAAAACGAACCACGUAUACAGAAUCUACGAAGUAAGGUUCUGAAGUACAAUCGUCUCGUUCGUGAUCUGGGCCUGCGAGAUCAUCAGGUUCCUCGCGCCCAAAAGGCUGGCUGGAAGACCUUCGGCCUUCUCCUAUAUCGACUCGGUCUUCUGACUGUAUGGACGGUACUGGCACUUCCGGGUGUCAUUCUCAACGGACCGAUUUUUUUGAUUGCGUCUAUAGUGUCACGAAUGAAAGCCAAAGAGGCACUCGCUGCGUCUGUCGUCAAAGUUGCAGGUCGAGAUGUUCUUGCUACAUGGAAGGUUUUGAUCUCCCUGGGCGUGACACCCGUGUUGUAUGGAUUUUACGCAUUUCUUGCUACUAUCGUGGCCGUAAAGGCGAAUGCUCCUAUGAAAUGGAGAAUAUGGACCCCUUUCCUGGUCAUCAUGGCACUGCCCUUCAUCGGUUAUGCUGCAUUGAAAUUUGGAGAAGCAGGCAUGGAUGUGCUCAAAUCAUUACGGCCAUUGGUUGUCGCGCUUGUACCUGGGCAACAGCAGUAUUUGACUAAGCUGAAACAAAUGCGACAGGAGUUAUCCAAUGAACUCGUAGAAGUCAUCAAUGAAUUUGGACCGCAGUUAUACGAUGACUUUGAUAAGUGGAGAAUUCUCGUCCCUUCUGCGAGCGUCCCGCCCUCUAGCGGCACUCCAGGACUCUGGCGCAGAAAGAGUGGCACGGGUGCAGUCGAUGCGCAAGGCAACCUGCUGGUACAUCCCAUGACAUGGCUGGAUGAACGUCUGUUCGGGUGGAGCCGUAGUGCGAAGCGUGGGACCAGUGCAUGGGCUGGUGCCACGCGUAGCCAGGACAUCAGCCGCGCACCCUCCCCCGACGCCUCCGAUGACGAAGAUUCGGGUGACUACGAUAACGUUCUCGGCAUUCUUCCAGGAGAGGGGUAUCUCACACCCAACCGCCAUCGAUCACGAAGCCACCAUAGCUCUUACGCGGACCUUCAAAAGCUCCGCAUGACUGCAACACCGCUGCCUGUGCAAGGCAGGGCGACAUUAUCACCUCAUCUAGCGCUCCAGUCUCUCCAUCCCGCAGAAGACCACACAGACGUAGCUGGUGCAACAUCUGAGGAGGCAGAGUCACUGGUCAAUGGCAACAGUUUACAUCAUCGACAGACACAUCGAGAUAGGAAGGCAAGUUUGUCUGAUGGCGUCGCUGUAGAGCGUAUCGCAGCAUUGAAUCCCGAGGAAAGAUUCCAGGAUUGUACUAGGGAUAUCAACGAAGAAAUUCGGGAAAACAAAGAGGGGCAUGCCCACGGGGACUAAUCAAUAAUACAUCUUUCGUACUGCCACUUGUAUUUGCUUCGACGGACAAUUUGUGUCGAAGUACGGUACAUUCUGUUUGGGAACGUGUCAUAC